UCAUGGCUAUGAGAGUUCCAGUGCAAAAACGUCUCUUCCAUAUAAUCACAUCAUUGAUCACCACAUUCGCUUUCUUGUCCUAUUACGCCAUGGCUACGGGUGAUGGUAUAACCUCUCGCCCCUAUGUAUCCGAGAGAUCAAAGCACGGAGCAGUCGUAGAGAUUGUCAAUCGUGAUAUAUAUUGGGCCCGUUAUGUUGAUUGGUCACUUACCACCCCUCUUCUCUUGUUGGACUUAUGUCUCCUCGCUGGCGUCAACGGUGCGAGCAUUUUGAUAGCUGUUGUGUCAGAUGUGAUCAUGAUCUUAACUGGUCUCUUCGCCGCUUUCUCAAAAGACGAGGCUCAAGGAUGGGGGUGGUAUGCCAUCGCCUGCAUCGCUUAUCUGAAUGUCGUCUAUCAGGUUGGUUACAAAGGGCGACACGCAGUAUCGACUAGGGACAAUAAAACAAGAGCUUUCUUUGGGGCCCUUUCUCUCUUCACUCUCCUAUUGUGGACCGCGUAUCCUAUUGUAUGGGGCAUUGCUGAUGGUGCCCACCGUGUCAAUGUUGAUAGCGAGAUCAUUGCUUAUGCCGUUCUAGAUGUCCUCGCAAAGGGAGUGUUCGGGUUCUGGCUGUUGCUAACCCAUGAUAACAUGGCCCGGAUGUUUCCAGCUAUCGAUGGUUUCUGGUCGCAUGGUAUUUCUCACGAUGGAUCCAUUCGUAUAGGAGAAGGACGUACGAUCGAUGAUAAUUAAGCCAAUUGCGUACGUGAGGCUAGGCAACACGAUAUUUAAAACAGAAGCUAUAGGUAAAUUGGCUACUUCAUUCUUUUUCAUCAUGUUCUCGUUGGGGCUCUUGGUUAGGAGGCUGGGAAAAUCGCGGUUAGGUAUCGAGUAAAUAUAAGUAUGUGGGUGGAAUUUGGAAAAGAUAAAUAUUAACUGUUAUUUACCAAGUUAAAAAAUAAAAGUAGUGAAUAUUCAAGGGAGAAGAAAUGAUAAUGAAAGACCAGAUCGUUUACGUACCAGUCCAUGAUAUAUCACCACUUUCCCACAAUCUUAUAGAACUUGGUAAAAUCUGGAUUGCUACUUGCAACAAUAUGAUCAUAUUCAGACCCCGACUUGCGCAUUAUUUCGUCGUACUCCUCGGGUUAUAGUAUUAUAGUCGUAGUUUGGAUACUUUUCAACAAACAGUUGAAUCCACAGAUACGCAAGAGGUAUAGAAUUGCCAUACUGUCGCUGCCUUGCCUGUGCCAGUUACACCGCCACUGAGGUCAGUGCUGUGGUUGAGCCCGUACCAGAUGAUGUUCC